AUGGUAUUGGAAAGUAAUGAGAAAGAUUUCAAUAAAUUCUUAUUAUCAUUUAUAAACAAUGAAGAAAAAGAUCAUGUUUCAUCUACCAAUUCAUCUAAUGAAAAGAAAACUUCUUCUAAGAAAAUAACGAUCGAGGUUGACGAAGAUGAUCCGUGUUUGCAAGAUAAAAGAAAAACUCAAAAGAAAAAAUUUUAUUCUACUCCCGGAUUAGAUCCAAGAUUUCAACAACAAAAUCAAACAUUACGAUGUUACGUCAUGUAUACGGAUUUUUAUCGAUGCGAACAUAUUCUUGGAGAAGGACAUGACGCAUGUACAUGGUUUAAACAAGUCUUUCGUUCAAUUUGUCCAAACGAUUGGAUUCGUAAUUGGGAUGAGCUUCGUAUUAAUGGAAAAUUACCUUGGCACAAAUAUUAUAGUCAGGGAGAAUUUCCCGGUGACAAAUAUGGCGUUUAAUUAUUAUUAUUAUUAUCCGUAUCUCUCUUCUAAUCUUUUGAUUUUAUACU